AUGUAUCCUAGUGCAACACCGACUCCAUACAAGGUGUUCUACAUUGUGGUACCGACCAUAAGUAUUGUUGGUAACGCAUUCGUCGUUUAUGUGACAAUCCUUAGCAAGAACCUUCGAAGCCAUUGCAGCAUACUCAUCGCACUAUUAUCGCUUGCCGACAUUGUGCUAGUGUCCUCCAAUAUCAUUUCUACCAUUGCCUACAACGUCAGACCUGUGGUAAACUCCUAUCCAAAACUCUACAUGGUGGCGCAGCUCUUACCCGGAUGCUCAUUUGGAGCAGUCAUGGACGUGUGGGCAUUCCUGUACAGGGUAUCAGACGAACAAGGAAUAUGCACCCUGGCAACUCCUAUGAAAGGUGAAAGCUACCAGCUAUAUUUCAAACUGCUUAUGGCGACAAGUGUUUCAAUUAUUUUGUGCUACACUUGCUUCAUAUUCCUUUUAAAGAGGAUCCGUAUGCGUGAGUUUCUCGAAUUUCUUCAAAUCAGUGAUGCGACAGAAGGACGAGAUUACGGUCUAUCGCACCUUCCAUGGCUCAAUAGGAGAUUCUGGGCCGUACAGCGUGCAGCUGGACCACUUGUGUUAAUCGCUACCCAAAUGCAAAUGGAAUUAUUCAUUGCAGAUCAGUAUGUAGGAUUUAAUAAGAGCAUCGUUGGUCAGAGCCAUCCCUCCAGUGUCUUUGCGCCAAGUUUCACACCCUUAACGCUGAAGAAGGAAGAGCAAAGUGGAACUGUUGACGAGCAAGACAAAGGGCAGUACCACUCCUACAGAGACGCUUUUGCUUUCGGUGCAUAA